CAAUUGUGGCUAGCUUCACUCGAGUUUAUAAACGCUACGUAAAGUUGUUUCAAUCAGUCCGCUUCUGAUAUUGAACGGGGAAGAUCGUCACUACAAUUUCUUUAUCAGUAAAAAUGGUGACACUAAUAAAAGAAGAGAUCGGAACACAUAACAACGAAACUGUGUGGAAGUAUACAUGGCGUACUCUCAGCGGAUUCUCUCUGUCAGCUAUAACUUAUGGGGCCAUCGUACAGUCCAUUAAGGUUCCAGAUAAAAAUGGAAUAACUGCCGACGUGGUACUAGGGUUUGAUGAUCUACAAGGAUAUCAGACGAGAAACACACCGUAUCUAGGAGCUGCUGUGGGCCGUUGUGCUAACAGGAUUGGAGGAGCCAAAUUUACCAUCGAUGAUGUCCAUUAUACUCUUGCUAAGAAUGUCGGACAAGAUCAUCUGCAUGGAGGCAUUGUUGGGUUUGAUAAGGCAAACUGGAAAUCGGUAAUCGACGGCACCAAAGUUAUAUUUAGCCACUUCUCGAAAGACGGUGACGAGGGUUACCCCGGGGACCUGGUCACCAACAUUACCUACGAAGUGAAGGAUGAUGAUACCUUCCACGUGGAGUUCCAGUCAACCACCACCAAAAAGACCGUGGUCAACAUGACUAACCACUCGUACUUUAAUCUAGCUGGUCACGAAUGUGGGGCUCAGGAGCUAUAUAACCACGUUUUUGUGAUAAACGCGGACAAAAUAACUGAAACCACCUCGGAAUCUAUCCCCACUGGACGUUUCUUGGAAGUAGGAGGUACGCCGUUCGAUUUCCGUGCCGCCAAAAAACUAGGCGAUGUGAUCAACAGGGCAGACAAUCUGUUUGAUGACAACUUUUGUGUUUCUACUUAUGGCAAUAAGGGUCUGAACUUCGUGUCACGCGUAGUCCAUCCCUCAUCAGGUCGCUUUUUAGAAGUAUACAGCAAUCAACCAGGAGUCCAGUUCUACACUUCGAACUUCUUACCAUCUCCCAGUGAAGCAGCGCUUGUUGGCAAAGAUGGUGUCGGAUAUAGAAAACACGGGGCUUUCUGCCUUGAAACCCAGAAUUUCCCUGAUGCAGUACAUCAUACCAACUUCCCGAGAGCUGUUUUGUACCCAGGAGAAGUUUAUAAGCAUUCUGUGGUUUAUAAGUUUGGAGCAGAAAAGUCACACGAACCUGUUGUUUUUGUUUCAUAAAAUAGGUUUUGAAAUGAAAAAUGUAUUAUUAUGAUACGAAGUGCUUACUUAUGUACUACUGCAUUUGUAUAAAAAAUAGUUGAAGUGUUCUUUCUUCGUACUAAUAUGUUUUCUUAUUGUCGUAAUAUAAUUACACAGUUAUUACUGCUAAUUUUGUAUAGCCUUUUUACUUUUGAAAUUUCCUUUCUUUUAUUGCGAGUGACUUCUCACAAAUAUUGUAUUUUUCAAACAUAAUAAAAAUAUUCUUAUUGAAAA